CAUUUCCGGUGGGGGCGCCGCGCCCAGUGAGGGCCCGGAAGUGGGUCGCGCGAAGAUUGCUGGGCGGUUCUUGCCGGAAGUGGAGAGCGGCUGAUCGCAGUACCGAGUUUGCUGAUUGAGUUGCCACCAUCCAGCAUAUAGAAAUUUCUGUAGGAGUUUCCUGCCUUCCCUGGAAACACUCCCAUCAGGUGGUCCAUUAUGGCUGACAUGCAAAAUCUGGUGGAAAGGUUGGAGAGAGCAGUGGGCCGUCUGGAGGCGGUAUCCCAUACCUCUGACAUGCACCGAGGAUAUGGAGACAGCCCUUCGAAAGCAGGGGCAGCUCUCUAUGUGCAGGCAUUUGACUCACUGCUUGCCGGUCCUGUGGCAGAGUACUUGAAGAACAGUAAAGAGAUUGGGGGAGAUGUACAGAAACACGCAGAGAUGGUGCAUACAGGCCUGAAGCUGGAGCGAGCGCUCUUGGUUACAGCCUCUCAGUGCCAGCAGCCAGCAGGUAAUAAGCUCUCUGAUUUGCUGGCACCCAUCUCCGAGCAGAUCCAAGAAGUGAUAACAUUUCGGGAGAAAAACCGAGGCAGCAAGUUGUUCAAUCACCUGUCAGCUGUCAGUGAAAGCAUCCAGGCCCUGGGUUGGGUGGCUGUGGCUCCCAAGCCUGGCCCAUAUGUGAAAGAAAUGAAUGAUGCUGCCAUGUUUUACACAAACCGAGUCCUCAAGGAAUAUAAAGAUGUGGAUAAGAAGCAUGUGGACUGGGUAAAAGCUUACUUGAGUAUAUGGACGGAGCUGCAGGCUUACAUUAAGGAGUUCCAUACCACCGGACUGGCCUGGAGCAAAACGGGGCCUGUGGCCAAAGAACUGAGUGGAUUGCCAUCUGGACCCUCGGCUGGAUCAGGUCCUCCUCCCCCGCCGCCUGGCCCUCCUCCCCCCCCAGUCCCUACCAGUUCAGUCUCCGAUGACUCUGCCUCCCGCUCAGCACUGUUUGCGCAGAUUAAUCAGGGAGAGAGCAUUACACAUGCCCUGAAACAUGUGUCUGAUGAUAUGAAGACUCACAAGAACCCUGCCCUGAAGGCUCAGAGUGGUCCAGUACGCAGUGGCCCCAAACCAUUCUCUGCACCCAAACCCCAAACCAGCCCAUCCCCCAAACCAGCCACAAAGAAGGAGCCAGCUGUACUUGAACUGGAGGGCAAGAAAUGGAGAGUGGAAAAUCAAGAGAAUGUUUCCAACCUGGUAAUUGAGGACACAGAGCUGAAGCAGGUGGCUUACAUAUACAAGUGUGUCAACACAACAUUGCAAAUCAAGGGCAAGAUCAACUCCAUCACAGUAGAUAACUGUAAGAAACUCGGGCUGGUAUUCGAUGACGUGGUGGGCAUUGUGGAGAUAAUCAAUAGUAGGGAUGUCAAAGUUCAGGUAAUGGGUAAAGUGCCAACCAUUUCCAUUAACAAAACAGAUGGCUGCCACACUUACCUGAGCAAGAAUUCCCUGGAUUGUGAGAUAGUCAGUGCCAAGUCGUCUGAGAUGAACAUCCUCAUUCCCACAGAAGGCGGGGACUUCAACGAGUUCCCAGUCCCGGAACAGUUCAAGACUGUAUGGAACGGGCAUAAGUUGGUCACCACAGUGACAGAAAUCGCCGGUUAAGUGAAGUGCCACUGGGUUCUGCGCCCUCUCCCUCCACACCACGGGAUGACUCUGUUAUCGAGACGGUUCUUUUCUAGGUUUCCUCUACCUUUCUGCUCUUAACGGCUUCUCUGCUCUGAGAAGCACAGCUACCUGCCUUCACCGAAUAUACCUCAGGCUGAGAUUUGGGGCGGGGUAGCAGGUCAGCUAUCUUCUGCAGGAAGGUGCAGCUUCCUUUAUCAGUGCAGCCACACCGCCAAUGCAUUGUUCAGGAACGGCAGGCCAGGACUGGUGCAUUUCAGCUCUCAGCGCUGGGGUUACUUGACCAAUUGCAGUCCUUUGAGAAGAAUAAACAGCCCCAGGAUGAACGGGCCAGAACGUCCACACUAGGCCAUCUUUCCCUAACAGUGAGCAGAUAGGUAGCAGAAGCUGUGUGGUUCCAGGUGGUUCUUCUGACCAGUUGAUCUUCCACUGUUGACAAGUGAGGCAAGGGUUGCACUGGAUCAAAGGCUGAGGCUUAGCCAUCUAGCAUUCCAAGCGAAACAGUUUCCCCACAAGCAUUCCUUUCCUUCUGCAUUCCGUCGUAAGUCUGCCUCAGCCAUGAGACAGUAGGUUCUCUGGGAUCAGCUGCUGUAGCAGUGCCCAUCACUGAGGGCAGGGGGACCCUUUCUUAGGGAUCCCUGCCCAGCACCUUCCUACAGAAAUGACUUUUUAAAAAACAUCAUCACACCAUUCCAAGGAAUCUGGCAUUCUUCCUCCCUGCUAGGUGCCUGUCGUCUUCAUUGCCUCCUUUGCCCACCAUCAGUGGCACACGGCUCCCAUCCAGGCGCUGCACAGAGGACUAAACCUCCCCUGCAGGCUGGUUUUGGGUCUUGAUGGAUGUAAGGAUCUCGCACAGCAUCGCUAAUGUAAAUUUCAGUUUUUCCCUCUAGAACACACACUUACCAAAAUAUGCAACUUUUUUUGGUGGGAAGAGAGAUUGUCCUGUGACUUCUACCCAUUUCCUGAGGCCUGUGGAAAUAAACCUUUAUGUACUUAAAGUUAUACAGAAAAUAGAAUAAAGUUAAUACCAAACUUG